CGUCCGCCGCGGCUCUGGCCGCCGCCCCGAUGUCCCACAGCGCGCGAAGGGGACAGCAGGAGGAGGAGGAGGAGGAGGAGGAGGAGGAGGGGGCGGAGGAGGGAGCGGCGAGGGGCAGCCAGGCGCGGCCCAAGAGCCAUCUGGAGCCGGCGGCGAGCGGUGGCAGGACCCAGGACCGGCAUGAGAGGAAACGGAAGAGGCAGGAGGCGCAGCAGCUCCAAAAACUCCAGCAUCUGGAGUCCUUCUAUGAGAAACCUCCCCCAGGGCUAAUUAAGGAGAAUGAAAUAAAACCAGAAGACUGCAUACCUGAUGUACCAGGCAAUGAAAGUGCACGAGAAUUCCUAGCACAUGCCCCAACAAAAGGGCUUUGGAUGCCUUUGGGAAAAGAAGUCAAAGUCAUGCAGUGUUGGAGGUGUAAACGUUAUGGACACAGAACAGGAGAUAAAGAAUGCCCAUUCUUUAUUAAAGGCAAUCAGAAAUUGGAACAAUUUAGAGUAGCACACGAAGAUCCAAUGUAUGAUAUAAUAAGGGAAAAUAAACGUCAUGAGAAAGAAAUGAGGAUACAGCAACUGAAGCAGCUCCUGGAGGACUCUACCUCCGAAGAUGAUGAUGAUAGCAGUGAUGACAGUGAUGAGGAUGAAGGUGGCAGCAGCUCCACUUCCUCAGAAUGUAGAGAUAAACACAAGAAAAAAAAGAGAAAGAAGGAAAAGAAAAAAAAAGAAAAGAAGAAGAAGAAAAAGAGAAAGCGUAAAUCAUCUAAAUCUAAUGAGAAGUCAGAAUCUGACAGCAGUCAGCUGCUGUAUGUUCCUUGACCCCUACUUGCAAACUGCAAGGAAAGAUCCAAAGAAUGAGGAAGAAACCACCAGAAAGGGCUUUAUUAAAAACUCAGAACAUACAGAUGGUUACACACAGCAUCCUACACUGGAUGUCCCUCUUCUGCCCCUCUGCAGUGCUGCAGCCAGAAAGAAGAGAGCUGCAUUAAACAAUACUCAAUCAACCAUAUCUUUAUGCUGUAAAACCUGUGCUAAAGGUCAUCUGUCUUAGUCAAAUCAGGCCUCUGCAUUGCUGUGAGUAUGAGCAGGAAGCAGUGACUACCAAGGUAUUGCCAACAAAUCUGCAGAAUUAGUAGACUGUCUAUGAAGUGUCUUUUCUCCGUGAAGUUUUUUAUUAUAUACAAGGCCUCAUUGUAAUGGGACUGCUGUUUGCACCAUGCAGAGCACUGAGAGUUCACUUGCAGUGCUUUUAUUAUAAGCAGGUUGUACUGUAUUUUUUGUUCUCUGCAUACUGCCUAUAUGCUGAAGUUCAGCGUACUUAUCCUGUAUUGGCAGCUAGGGAAAUAAAGAGCGCUGUUGAACGGGGAAAGAGUUAAUCAAAGGGAUUUACUUUAAGACAAAAUUGCAGUGUCAGCAAGACUUGGGUUUUUUUGUGUAGCAAAAUCUCAACAUCAUCACCGUUAAUGUGCACAGUUCUGUAAGACCAAACCAUAGGAGUGGGAGCCAACUGUAACAAUGUUAGAUGUUCAACUUUACUGUAAGGAGGUGGUGGUUUUAGUUAUUCAAAAAGGGGGUUUUCAUGUUAGAAAUGGAAAAAGAUUAAUUUCUACAUAUACUUCAGUAUCAGUUGUUUUGAUACAUUGGAGGUUUUUUUUCCUUUUAAAAAGGCUUGGGGAAAUAAAUUCCAACUUAUUUUUUAUGUUUACUAGAUUCUAUGUAAUAAUAUUUUAUGAACCAUCCCACAAGAAUAUAAAUGUAUAAGGCUUUCAAAAUGGUUUUCAACUAUAUGCGCAUAAGCCACAGAACAGUAGUAAAGAACUUGUAAGCAGGAAGAAGGGAAAGUUUCGUGUACUUAAUUGACCUUGUGGACUGACCACACUUUUCUUUUAAAUAAUCUUGCAGACUCGACUAAGAAAGAUUGAGGUAGCUAUAAACUGCAUUAGAGUAAACAUCUCUUUUUGAAACCUCAAGGUACAGUGGUACAAAGCUGUGAUUUAAGGACCUAGAUGAUACAUACUGGUACUUUGCAAAAGGAGAAAGAAAAAUAGGUCUGCUUUGAAAGGAGUAGGAAGGACUUAUAUAGAACUUAGUCUCUGUGUUUAUGCUUAUAUUGGAAAAAAAAAAAGCAUGAUAAAGCUUUAACAUUAGUAGAGUGAACAUUAACAGUGAAAUCAAGGAACCAUAGACUAAAAUGCCUUUUUUUUUUUUUUCCUCCUGAGAGCUUUGGAAAAAGAGGACAGGGGAAAGUAUACAUUAAAAUGUGUUUUCUCCCUCCUACACGUCUAAGAGUCAUUUAGUAAAAAUGACACACCAUUCCUUGCCAGUCAUUCACAAUACGUUCUGGGGAAAAACAAGGUAGUCAAGGCCUACUUACAAAAAGAUCCUUUAUCUUAUUCCCAGAGCUUGAAUGUGGAGUUGUGUUUUAUCCUCCAGUAUUAUUUAGUAAAUCUCCCUGUGAUUUACUGGUGGCUCCUGAUAGUUCCCUGUAUCAGCAUCAUCAUUGACAAAUUCAAAGCUCCUGGCUCUUCCACCAGAAAAAGAUUUAACAUCUGAAAUAGCACAAAGAGAUUUAUAAUGGACUGGUUCUCUGCAUUGCCACAUUUGCUGCCGAGAAAAUCCAUGUGUUUAUAGCACUAGUAAUUGUUGGACAGAUGCUGAAAGCCACAGCUACUAUUCACCUGAUGCAUUCUAAGAGAAUUCUUACUCAAGUUUGUCUAGAGCAGAGCUAACCUAAAGAUGUCUUCAGUUACUUCAGCUUUUCUCAUUUCAGAUUCUUCUGAAGUUUGGUUUAAUAAAAACAAAUUCAGUUUUUCCUUAGUCUGUCAUCCCAUUCCUUGUUAAUGGGUCCUUCCCAUUUUACCUACCAGGGUUUACUAUUUAAACAAUCCAGAAAAAUACCAUAAAAGACCAUUUCUAACUUGUAUCAAAUGCAAUUUAAACAUUUGAGAUACCAAAUCACUGUUCUGUGCCAGACUAAAGGUCUGUUUAUACCAGUAUGUGUUUCUACUCAUGGUCAAUAGCAGAUGCCUACACAACAAAGCAAUGCAAACUCUAGUGGCAUUAUUUCUAUUAUUUCACUGAAAUGUUGUCUCAGCCCCUACUGCUUGUAGUGCAGGUACUUUGAAUCAUAGGUUAUAUCUUAGUAGCCUUGGAUAUAUUUUUUUUCUUUUACAUCCAGUUACUUAUUGUAAACUUUGCAAUUUCCUUUGGCAAGGAACUCUACAGAUUAAUAAUUAAUUGGUGAAGAAACAUAAUUUGCUUUCACACUGCUUCCUACUAGUUUCAUU